AUGGCGGGCACUUCUUCGCAGGUCUCAAAACAACCUUUCCACGAGACUUACGAACUGAAAGAAGAGUUGGGAAAGUACGUAUUUUUUGAAGCCGACUGAAAUUUUUUUUUCGAUGUCUGUUUAACUUUUGUUUGCCGUAUAUUUCUCUCAGAGGUGCUUUCAGCAUCGUUCGCCGGUGUGUGCAUAAGGAGACAAAAGUUGAGUAUGCCGCGAAAAUUAUCAACACCAGGAAAUUGUCGUCCAGAGGUAAGAAUCGAGUUUUCAGCUGUUUUUGAUACUGAUAAAUUAUUGCUCCCAUAUUGGACUCUUAGUUUCAAGUUUAAAUCCUUACGUUUCAGAAUUAUUCUUGUGAUUUUCAUCUUUAAUUGAGGAAAAAAAAGAAAAUUCAAUUGAUUUACUGUGAAAGAGUCGUUUGAAAAGCUGCAGACUUGCACAGGUUGUAGGAAAAAAUAUUUUUAUUAACUACAGAGCGAAAACAGAAUUUUUGGUGGAGAUCGAACAACCAUUUCGAUGACACUUUUGUUUUACAAGGGCAACGGUAUUCUUUCCGCAGACACAAGUUCGCCUUUUUAUACCCAAGGAUAGUAGAAAAAUAUUACGAUUGAAAAUUUAAGCCACAGAGGAAAUUGUUUAUAUUAUUUGGCCGUAGCUGCAAAGAAGGGUUAUUUUGUAAAAAAAUAUAUUAAGUUUAACGUUUUGAUAAACAUACAAGCUUACAGUAAAAAAAUAUGAUAUUAUGAUAAAAUUCAAAACAGAUGUCUACGAUCUAGCGUUUGACCUGAGUGAAUUUAAUAUUUCAACGCCAAAGCCCUCAAACAUAUAAUUCGCAGUGGGCGAGAAGACAACUUGUUUUCCACCUGUGUAGAUCGUAAAUUGUGAUAUUUGCCCGGAUUAAUUUAUCUAACAUUUUCCUCCUUGUUCAUUUAGAUCUACAAAAGCUCGAAAGAGAAGCUAGGAUAUGCCGACUACUCAAACACGCAAACAUAGGUGGGUCGAUAUAGAAUUUACUUUAUUGAAAGUAAUAAAGCUUAAAUAUCACGCGAGUAAAACGAAAGGCCCUAAAAUUUUGAUCCCAGUGUUAUGGAAAUGCUCUCGCUGUGUAAUCGUUAAUUUUUUCCUGACGAAUGUUUGACCGAAAAGUCAUAUUAUUUUUUGGAUUGUACGCCAAGAGAAAUAGUGAGCUACGUUUUAUGACCAAAGAAAUCAAGCGACGGGUUGUCAUAUUCUUGUCUGACGCUGUGCGCCUUGAAGCGAUGACUAGCUCAACAACUGUACAAACAGAACGAGAACUACAUUGACUUGAGCGUGGGCUAAAAACCCCGGCUCACUAAUCGAUGUAAUCAUGUGCUUUUCCUCGUUAAGCCAGUUUAGUAAAGGUAGACAAAUGACUCAUUAAUUGGCAUUUGUUCGCGGCCAGAUAGCUUGACUUUGAUGAAACCUGUUUACUGGGCGGUAUAUUCGGUAGUGUUGUUAUUCGCCUUCAAAUUGCCUGCGUAGGCGGAUGAUGUGGAAGUUCAUCUUAUUUCUUUUAUGUAGUUUGUCACACAAAAUCGAAGUACUUGUAUCUCAUGAACACAUAACCGGUGUACGAGAGGCUAACAACUCAUCGUUUGCUUUUGUGGUUAAUUGUCGUGAGGGAGGGCCAUAUCAAUUUAAACAAGGUAGCCCAGCAGAUCUUUUCAUGAGAUAAAGAUUCUGAAUUUGGUUUGCGGAGGUGACGGAUUUGAUAACUUUCAAUUUUAAAAAUUUUAUAUCAAGAACGUUUAUGUAAAUCUUAAUCGACAGUCUCUAUGUUUAUGUAGCACAUAUGAAUUUGAAUAUCGGUCCAAAAAGUACAUAGAAACCUGAGAUCCUUUUGAGAACCGAAGCGAUAAUUCAAACCGUGAAGCAUUUUUUUUCCAUUUCUUGUCAGACUUAAGUUGCUCUUAAUAAUAUAUUACUUUUGGUGAAAUUGUUAGAAAGGGAAAAUGUACAUGAGUCAGUAAUGCAGACUUGACACGUGUCGAUUUCGCGGGAAAGUCUUUGACACGCGAUUUAUGCUUUUGAGUGGAAUCUCAAGAUUCCUUUUAACCUAAGCAAUUGAUCAUUGCCGUACGUGAGCUGGAAAUUUUAAAACAGUUGGAGGGCGAGUGGCUUGAAGCUCACAAAACUGUUUAUACUCCCGCAAAACACGAAAAACACACUUCUUGCUGUGAAAUUUGCAUUUUUAUUUGAUUGUUGAAAGCCAAUUUCUUUAUAGCUAAGGUGGUGUAUUUUAUUCCUUCUAAAUCGACUUAUUACUUGUAUAAAUUGAUGCAGUCCGAAAAAAGUUGUAGACAAUAGUGUAUGAAAUUGGAUGUCAUAUAACAACAUAAAGCAACAACCCCAGGUUACAAGUCUCACGGAUGCUGUUAGGCCUUCUUCAAGAGGUCGAGACAAAUUAUCACACUCAUUAACACCAUGAUGAGAGAAAUUUGCACAAAGCAUGUCCAAGACGAUUCUGUGUAACUGUCAAUAACAACAGCCCUUUUUUAAUAUAAAUAAAAAGCCUAAAUAAUUAAUUUCAGUAACAGAAAUGCUUCACAGUAGAUCAUUGACACCUAAACUCUAUUACUAUCAAUAAAACUUGUUUCAAAAUAAUCAAAGGUGUGAAUCAACUCAUCAGUGGUCAUUUAAGUUCAUAUUUAUUCUAUUUUUAUUUUCUUUUUCUUUUGUAUACUGUGGUAAUUGUUUUCAAAGGGUGCCUGUGUAGAAAUGCAAAUCUUUGAAGCACUUUGUUCACCUUUUGUGUUGUUAUAAUUUUUUCUAACGUGGAAGAUGAAAAUGACAUUGAAAUUUACUUUCUUUUGUUUUAUUCUUUUUAUGAACUUUGAUAGGUACAUCAGGAAUGAUAGAGUUUUUUUUUUACAAAAUUCAAAUGCAUUAUAAUGAGCUCAUAACAGGACGUUAUUAUAUUCUCGUAUAGCAUUUCGUUCUCAAGUCAAACUUUAAAAUCAGUGUUUUUCUCCUCUUGCAAUAAUUCAUUUGUUAUAGCUAGAACUCAGUGCUGAGACUAAUAUUCUAAAAUCCAUGAGUUGAAGACACAAAUUUGGAGGUACAUAACAUAAACUUCAUGUGACUGUAUGCUUUAUCUGAUCAUUUCUCAGCUUUCACCUUUAUUUGUCUAUUUAAGUUAAAAAUAUACACCAAAGAGACGUGAGAUUGAAAUUUCUUUUUAUAUUUAAUGUCCUUAUGAGUUAAAUGCAGUUAAUGUCAAUGUGUUAAAUGCACUUGUUUUUGGACUAAAUAAAAACAGGGAAGUAUCUAAUAAUAACCUGGUUUGUGUGCUUAUGAAAUUAUUAUUUUAUUAAUAUGUCUUGGUAACCUUUCACCCUUCUUCACUACAUGCAUGUACUCAUAAAAGUGUUAAGAGAGAUUGCAGAUGUGUCCAUUAACCCUUACACAAAAGACAAAUUCUGUACGUAUUGAGUGUUUUCUACAAUAGAAAUGUUUAUGUUGCUGUAGAGAAGUUGUUUGUAGAUAUCAUUUUACUUUUUUCUAGAGAAGGUUUGAUUUUAACAACAAAUGCAGACAUUUCCUCUGGAAAUAAAUUCUUGGUGCAGAUUAUUGUCUGUGGAAUGCUUGAAAACCUGCCCAAUGUACUGUCACAGUUAGCUUUUUUAUCCAAAACAAUCAGUAAUCAUAUUUACUCUUAUAUAAUUAAUUUUUUUUAAGUGACCAUGCCCUGUCCUAUCGAUAUUUAAAAUGUUGGGAUAAAGGUACAGUAUUGUAGCUGUGAGACAUAUAUGGGCACGAGGCAACAUCAGAGAGUUCGUUUAGUGACCUUAGUCUGACAAUGAGAUAGAAAUUGACUUGGUACAACUAAGAGACUUCCCUGACGACCAAGUUCUUCAUCUUUUUUAAAAUAAACUGUCAAUAAACAGUUAUAGUUUUGCUCUGGUACAUCUUCAUGUUCUAAUAUUAUUUACUGUUUUGUUGGAAAAUUAAUUUACCAUGACUUGCUGAAGCUAAUGAAAAUUUUAUAGGUACCCAGCUAAGGGGGUCCUAAUCGAAUAAUUACCGCAGUAUCUCAUUUUCUUUAACUGAGUCCAUUUUAUCAUGAUAUAAUUUCUUGACAUAUUUUGAAUUAAUAUACUAUUUAGCAUGUGUGAAAACAGCUGACAUUUCAUGACACCACCACUGGUUUCCCCACAAAAUGAAGUCAGAGAAACAAGGACAUAAAUUCCUUACUGUUGACUUGACACUACCCAGAUUCUGAGUAGUGACUUGUCGUCAGUAUGGAAUUUCUGCGCUUGCUUCUCUGACAUCAUUUUGUGCAGAAACCAGUUAUGGUGUCAUGAAAUGUCAGCUGUUUUCUCAGGCUAUAGAAUACAUGGCCCAGAAUAUUUUUCUGUACAGCCUUGUUGCACUCAGAGUUCAUAAUUUGAACAUAAUCAUGUCUCAGGUCUACAUUCCUGGCACUUUAUGGUAAAUAAGUUGUCACCUGCAUGCUCAUGCAUACAUCUAUAUUAAUAUGAAAUGUAGAUCUUCAUUCUAUUAGCAUCAGUUGGCCAAUCCUGUUAAUUAUAAUUAUUUAAUUUACACAUGCACGUACUAUAUAAUAUGAAUCAUGGUUUUAUCUUUGUCUUGCAGUUAGACUGCAUGCAAGCAUUGCUGAAGAAGGAUACCACUACCUUGUGUUUGAUUUGUAAGUUUAUAAAAAUGUGCAUUUUAUGCCUGCUUGAAGUUAAGGGGGUGUGCAUGCAGAAAAAGGCCCUGAUUUUUAAAUUCCUGAUGUAGUAUGAAAUUCUUCCUCUGAUUCAAAAUCCUCAAGAUCAGAUAACACUAAAUGAGAAGGAGAUCUAGCAUAUUAUCAAAAUCACUUGAAUUGAUGAGCUUUAUUCCAGGUACCCAGUUUUAACUAUUACUUACUUGCAGCCUGCGAGUAUAAGCUGUCCAUUUUGAGCAUCAAUCAAAGUGAGUUGUGAGAGAAUAUAUGUGAGCAUGCAAGCACUAAAGCCACAAGGGGCAGCUUUCCCCACCCCUCACACUCUAUUCGUCUUUCGUAUGCCUCACUCUCCUGCAUGACUUCUUAUGACAUAUUCUUCAAAUGGAGAGCUUGCAUGCUCACAGCUAGGUUAUGUACGAAAUCAUCCUUCUCCAACAGAUUCUAUGUACCCCAGGCAAAGAAGGAACUGUCUGUAAGCCCAGGACACAAGUCCUAAAGACCAAAAUUACAUCCUCAAUCCAGCAGUGACUUGAUCUUUUCAAAAUUCAUGUAUUAGCACUGAGCUAAAGUUUGUAUUAAUUUUUCAGACAAAAAUUAAAAAUUGAUAACAGACAGACAUGUACAUCUGAUGCACUUUCUUAUAAAUUACAUGACACACCUUUUAUUUUCCUGCAGAGUAACAGGAGGUGAAUUAUUUGAGGAUAUUGUUGCAAGGGAAUACUAUAGUGAAGCUGAUGCAAGGUAAGAUGAGUUUUUAUAUGUUUGCAAUUAGGCCAUUUAACAUCUAGUAUACAGGGUAGGUCCCAGCGGCUAGUGGAACAAAAAGGGGUUAUAACACUCUGCACUUGGUAAAUCACAGUGCAGGUUUUGAGCAAGGAGUUUGUACCUAGUUGGAAGCCGUCUUAACUGUCAGACCAGUAGUUCUAAAACCAAAGUGUUUUUUUAUCAUUUUUUAACUGGGUUUCCACUUUUUGUACAAAAACUGGAGAGUUUUUUUAACAGUAAACAUUGCUAUAAAUAGUGAUAUAACAUUGUGCCAAUAGGAUCUUAUUUUAAUACUUUUUAAUUAGUUCUCUGACUUGAACUAUUUUUGUUUUUUUGUACCUCUUUAUUCUUUAAGUCACUGCAUUCAGCAAAUACUGGAAAGUGUGUAUCACUGUCACCAAAAUAAUGUUGUUCAUAGAGACUUGAAGGUACUAAAUUAAAAUAAUUUGGAUAUAGUGUUGAUAACUUUUUUUUGUCAAUAAUUAACUAUUGGUGUAUUGAAUAAUCUGUAACUGGCGCAGUUUGUAUAACCAGUGAAUACUACUUCAGCCUCCACCUCUGUAUCACUUCUUAGUUGUCAUUGGGACUUUAUUUUCAAAAGAUAUCAGACAUCUGCAUUUUAGCACCAAAAAAAUCCAUAUUGAUGACAUAAAUCUGUUCAGAAGCUCAAAUUGGUUGACAGCCUGCAAUAAUAAUAUAAUUAUAUUGUACUAUUUCAGGUAUUGCUUGUGAACGAUAGACAAAAGACAUAAGUUUAACCAUGAUACUGAAAACGUUUUGGUUACCGUAUUCAAGUUUCUUGCCAUCUUACAAACCUACAAAAGGACUUAGGAAAGAAAAAAUUGUUAAAAAAUAUUACAUGAUUUUUACAUGUUAUUUUUCCCUUAGCCAGAGAACUUACUUCUAGCGAGUAAAGAAAAAGGUGCUGUAGUUAAGUUAGCAGAUUUUGGGUUGGCUAUUGAAGUAGAUGGUGAUAAGCUUGGCUGGUAUGGUAAGUGAUCAGAUACUUGUCUACUUUAAAAUCUGUAUCAAAAUCCAUGUAAUUAUCCGCUUAUGUUAAAUUACUGUGCAAGUUGGCUCACAAUGUACGGUUUUCUUUUCAUAUUUUUUACCAUUAACGCUUUUACACCCAGACCUUCUCGGUAAAUAAAUUGCUGUUGCUAUGGUAAUCAUUUACUGUAGCAACUGUAAAGCUAUUAAAUUACCCUUGAUAUUACGUUUAAAUCAUAACUUAAAAAUAACUCCUGUCUUUCUCGAGAAGAAUUCCUUGGGACCCAGUCAAUAUGUCUGCCUGUAUUACCAUAGUGUCCUUUUUCCACUUACAGUCAGGGUUGUCAUUAAGAGCCGGGGGCCGGGGAUUUUCCCCGGCUACUAAGAGAGUGGCCCCCGGCUACUUUUAUUGGAAAAUAGAAGAAAAAUAGAACCAAAAGAAAUCCCUAGCCAUUUGAUUCCCCGCCUACUUGUUGUAUUUACCCGGCAACUUGAAAUCUUAGUGACAACCCUGUACAGUAGAUUAGAAGUUAAUUUUCUCUUUUUCCUCAAAGAAAAUAAACACAUGGCAAAUUGGUGAGAAAGCUACUAACAGGUGUUGGCUCUUUGCGAUUGUGAUGCUCCUUCAUGCCUCCACUUUCUUUUAGAAGAAGGAACAAGGACGGUAGAGUUUUCCUGUAAGCGGUAAUCAUAGGUGUGUUUGUUGCUGUCCCAUUAUUUCUGUCUAUUUUUUUCUUAGGUUUUGCUGGUACACCUGGAUACCUGUCCCCAGAGGUCUUAAAAAAGGAGCCUUAUGGUAGACCAGUUGACUUAUGGGCCUGUGGUAAAUAUUAACUAUAAUACUUCUAUUUUGAUGUUUGCCUCUUACAAAGAACAGUGCAGUAUACACUGUAGACAUUUCGUUGAAACUGAUAAAAGCACUUAUCUACAUGUCACUUUUUUUUUUUUGUAGGAGUCAUCUUGUACAUUUUACUUGUUGGUUAUCCUCCAUUCUGGGAUGAGGAUCAGCACAAGUUGUAUUCUCAGAUAAAAGCUGGUGCAUACGACGUGAGUAUUACAUCAAGCGUUACAAGGCUAUAAUUACGUGGUAUUAGCCUAGAACGCUACUGGUAGUCACAGCUUUAUCCAUAAAACGCAAGGUUUUCUAUUAGAGGUGGUUAUGGCCCCAAAUUAAGGUACCAAACCUCAUAUAAUCCCUAUUUAUCUUCAAUGCGNAUGUAGACAGAACAUCUUUGUGAAAACGCCCUAAACUUUGUUGUUUUGGCAUUAUGUUCAGUAAUUUUUAAUACAGUUAGUACUCAUAAGUCACUGACCUCUUCGGAGAAAUUUUUCCAAAGUACCAUUAACAGAAACAGAGAAAUCCCACAAUAUGCGUGGUUAGACUGUAAAUGUUACGCGAGCUGUUAAAAAAUGGUCCCAUUUUGAGCAAUACUUUUCAUAUUUCAAUUUUAUUUUGGUCUUACAGCCAGAAAAAAAAUAUUCAAUGAAAAGCUGUUUAUAAACUUUAACUUCUUGCCAAAUAUCGAUGCGAUCUGAGUUUUAAUAAGUUCAUAAGAGCCAAACGAUGUGAGAUUCUUAGCCGUGUACACUAGUAGCGUGCGCCAGGCCUCGUCACUUUGGUUUCCUCGCUCGAUGGGUUCACCACAUUUCCUUUGGGACUUAGCACCUCAUUUACGCGCGGGUGCGUCCUCCUUAGACUAAUGUGUGGGGUUUUUUUUCUUGUUUUAUUUCCAACACUAAACCUUUGUCUAUACUAUACAGUUUGCUGCAAAAUGCAAUUUGUAGUACACAUGACGGUAUAAGCAUCAUAGAACACAUAGUUUAUCGUUUACUAAGCAAGGCAGAGUCGUGGAAUUUUCCUCUCUUUCCUUGUUAGUACCCCUCACCGGAGUGGGACACCGUCACGGAUGAGGCGAAGGUAAGCAUAAUUAACCUUCAAACUUUCAAGGUUACGUUAGAACCAAUGCAAAAAUGGCUGCUGGAUUAAUUUUCUUUUGUUUAAAUUAAAAUUAGCCAGACUAGACUCCUUCUUCGGUACAAUAUUCAAAAGAAUACAUUAACUUAAGCAAGGCUAGUCAGGGUAAUUGUAACUUAAACAAAAGAUUAUUAAUCCAGUAGCCAUUUUCACAAUGGGUCUAUACAUCGUGUAAAAUAAUGAAAAACCUAUCGCAUCAUGUAAACGCCCUGUUAGAAGAGUGGCAUGCAACUUCACAGGAUUUUUUCUAUGGUAACAUUAUAGAAUUUUGUCCACUGACUGGAAAGUUAGUACUACCUGAUCGCGUGGCGACCCGUCCUGAGGUGCUCUCAAAACCGUUAUUAAAUUUUAAAGUAAAGCUAGCUGAUUAUCCCUCAAGCUUAUGUACCUAUAGCUUUAGCAUCCCGAGCCGUCCAUUGUCGUAACAUGGCUGGUUUCACGAUAAUAGUUUUCAUUAAUUCGUAGUCUUUCUAGUAUCUUUUCCCCAGUUUCAUAUUAUGGAAAGCGAAAAUUAGCUAGUAUGGCAUUAGUACAAGCCUGUCCGCUUGUCUCUUUCUCCACAGGAGCUUAUAAAUACAUUGCUCUCUGUGGACGCGUCCAAAAGAAUCACUGCAGCAGGAGCCCUGAAACAUCCAUGGAUCGUCGUAAGUAUAUAAAAUCAUGAGUGCUACUUUUUUUCAAAUUAACGUAUGUCCGUUUCUUUUUGCUUGUUGCUGGAAAAGAUGGCGACCCAGAAUUUUUUUGAACAUAUUUAUGGUCUCAUUUUGUGUUAAAAAGAGAGUCUCAACCUGACACAAAUAGUUGGGAUAUUACAAGCUCGAGUAGUCAUCUACGAUUGUCUAAGACUCUGGCUACGGCUGUAGUAUAGCUUUGCAUGGUCGCCCUUGUGUCUAGACAUACACGGAGGUGAAAGUGCCAACGAACUCCAUGCCACUUAUGUUUGGUCUAGUCUCUGCGAUUAGAUCUUCAAUGCUACAAGGUACUGAAAAAAAAGUAUACAUAACAAUUGCGUCAUUUUUUCAGAACCGUGAACGCGUUGCAUCUAAAGUACACAGGCAAGAAACUCUUGACGGACUGAAGAAGUUUAAUGCAAGAAGAAAGCUGAAGGUUAGUCCAGGAUAAAAGAUCUCGCUGUUAUUAUCUAGUGGUUACAGGUACUGUAAAUUCUAUAUUCUUGGGCCUUUGCUUAUAUUCACUCAAACAGGCUUUUGAGAGUUACCAACAUAUUUCAGUUUGUAAUGAUGUAUAAUUCAGAUUACAUUGUCGGACUUCCGAAUGAUGUCUAACGCCAAGUCUGGGUUCAAGGUUGAUGUUAUGCAAGCCUUAGAUUGACGAAUUUGGUCUUUGAAUUUGGUGUAUUAGAAGUAGUUAAGCACGAUUUUGUGGUGGGUGAAACUGGUCGCCCGAAAGUGAUUUGGAACGAAACGGGUUGUAACAAGUGAUUCAGUGUUCUAAGAAAGUAUUACUUGUAUGUAACAUAUCCUUUGAGAAGAAAUAACGCAUCGGCCGAUAUAGCAAAAAGAUAGCGGGAGGGGAUCUCGGUCUUGUUAUUUCUGUAAAAUGUGCAGUCCACUAUUUCUUCUUGAAUAUCAGCAGCAUUUCCACAGAUUGCUGAGCAAACUAAUCACAACUCCGAACAUACAACUGUAACCGCUGUUAGGGCGGGAAAAACUACUUGUAGCGGGUGGCAAUGGCAGGAAAAGUUGUAUAGGCGACACCACUUUUCUUUGGCUUUUGUCUGAUUGGUUGAAAAUUCAGAAGUUAACUGUGAUUGGUUUAUUUUGCUUGCACAUUUAUGAAUGAUAUUCUUUAAAUAUUGAUGUAAUAUCCAGCUUAAAAAUCUUUCAAAAAACAAAAACCGGUGCGGUGUUUGUUUUCAACAGGCAGUUAAAUAAUGGGAAAAACGUUUCAACAUGAUUGCCGUGUGUUUUUAUUUAUUUGAAACUAUGUUCUUUUGCGUUACUCAGGUUUGUUUCGUGUUUCUUUAGGGUGCAAUUCUCACCACAAUCCUGGCUACAAGUAAUUUUAAUCUCUCUGCAGGUAUAAUUAAUAUUCUACUCUGUAUUCAUUCAUAUCACGAUAUUGUUGUCGUUUCAGGGUGCCAUCUUAACCACCAUCGUGGCGCGUAGGUUUUCUGCUAAUUCAGGUAACCAAAUAAUCUCAUAACACCCAAACUCGUUAAAUAUAAAUCUUAAACGCUUUUGAGACAAAUCGUUUCUUUUUUGGAGAAGUAAUUCUUAAUUAAUGAGUACGCGUUUUGAUUAAAUGUUUUAAACCCGUUGUAAUUUUGAAAAAGUUGAAUNACUUGUAGCGGGUGGCAAUGGCAGGAAAAGUUGUAUAGGCGACACCACUUUUCUUUGGCUUUUGUCUGAUUGGUUGAAAAUUCAGAAGUUAACUGUGAUUGGUUUAUUUUGCUUGCACAUUUAUGAAUGAUAUUCUUUAAAUAUUGAUGUAAUAUCCAGCUUAAAAAUCUUUCAAAAAACAAAAACCGGUGCGGUGUUUGUUUUCAACAGGCAGUUAAAUAAUGGGAAAAACGUUUCAACAUGAUUGCCGUGUGUUUUUAUUUAUUUGAAACUAUGUUCUUUUGCGUUACUCAGGUUUGUUUCGUGUUUCUUUAGGGUGCAAUUCUCACCACAAUCCUGGCUACAAGUAAUUUUAAUCUCUCUGCAGGUAUAAUUAAUAUUCUACUCUGUAUUCAUUCAUAUCACGAUAUUGUUGUCGUUUCAGGGUGCCAUCUUAACCACCAUCGUGGCGCGUAGGUUUUCUGCUAAUUCAGGUAACCAAAUAAUCUCAUAACACCCAAACUCGUUAAAUAUAAAUCUUAAACGCUUUUGAGACAAAUCGUUUCUUUUUUGGAGAAGUAAUUCUUAAUUAAUGAGUACGCGUUUUGAUUAAAUGUUUUAAACCCGUUGUAAUUUUGAAAAAGUUGAAUGUGACUUUGUUCUGGCCGUAAACAUUCAAGUCACGAUUAAAUAAUGAAUUAAUAAUAAAUAAUGUAAUAGAAUAUAACCGAGUUGUUUUCACCCCAAUAACCUGACCACUUUAAAAGACCUGAAAGCAUUAGCAAUGAGCCAAAAGGUUUUGUUUAUAAUUCUAGUCAUUUCCAAGUCUCCAAUUGAGAAACAAAAGACAUUCCCUCGUGGAGGAUCACUGGUUACCCUGUGUUAGUAUUGAUCAGCACUGUUAUCCGGCCUUGCAGGCUGUCGUGCAUUUCUGUUUGCGACAGUUCUGUCGAGCAGUUAACAUGUUCUGUUUCGUCUGACUUAAAUUGAAAUAAACUGCUAAACGGUCAACUGUAAAUAUGAUAGCGCUUUCUUCGGUAAAAGACAUUGUUGAUCCAUUGACAGUUCUGUGACUUUCGUUUGUGCCUUGAUCAUAAACCCAUGUCAAAUAAAGAGUCUAUAAGCGGCUUUCGCUCGCAAGGAUAUAGUAACAAAUGAUAACUACUGAUAGAAACACCAUUUUGGUGAUAACGUCUGCUCUGAACUCUGAAGGUAAUGCUUCGUCUGCGCCAUCUUUAUUAAACGUCUACUUAGAAAUCGUUAUUACUAAUUACCAUGACUAAGAGAUAAGCACUUCCUCUCUUUUUCUUCCUCGGUUGGUCCAUAAUUGCGUUGUUUUAGCUUCCUCAUUGCGUUUUGAGUCAGUGCAUGCACUAAUCUAUCUCGAAACAACAAUGUCCUUCGCUUGGAUAAUGAAGGUUCUUCGAAAAGAGGGAUUUUUUUCUCCGUUUGCAAAAAAAUCCGUGUCCUCACGUUGAGUCAUCGUUUAGGCCCGUCCAGAUAAAAACAAUGAUGAUAAUGAUAAUGUUCAGAAAUAAUGUUGAUGGCAGCAUGCGCAUUCGUUGGCACUCAACACCGUGACGUAAGCGUUUUCAAAAACCUCUGUUUUCAUCCAUCCCCUAAGAGGAAGAACGUUUUUGAAAAGAUGAAUUUUCACCGGAUACGUGUGAACGGUGGGCAAAACUGGAGAAAAAAAAUCUCUCGUUUUCAAACAAAAACGGAUACGUGUUAACGGGGCCUAAGACGAGGUUGUCGUUUUGCUUGAAAUUUUCUUUAAUGGACGAUAUUUAUUUGUCAUUAUUUAAUUUAUGAUAGUGCGGCAAAAUGGAAAUUAUUGGUGGAAUGCUGGGUAGAAUCCAAUAAUACUUCAUCGGCAAUAACUGCAUGCGGAAACAAAUUUGGUGGAACUCAGUGUUUCAGGUUGCUUUUUUUUCGGCAUUUGGUUUUAGCGAAGAGAAAUUCGGACUUGGAAAUUUAAGUCUUGCUCAAAGUUAAAACCAGUUGUAAUUAAUUAUUGUCGUAGGGGCAGUCGUCUCAGAACCCUCAGAUAAGAAUAUAAUUUGCGUUGCUACAUGUACAGCACCAAGUAGCUAAGUAUAAGGCGUAGUUAAAAUACAUAUCUACUCUGCGCAGUCAACCGAACACUGUCUGUUUUCCUGAAGGGCUACAUAUGUAUACGGCUGGAAACGUUGAUCCCCUUUUUAGCGUGAGCGUUCAUAAAGACUUAUUUUGAUUCGUUCUAAAGCAUGUGUAAAGAUAGGAAACCUCCACUCUUUCUAAUGGUCGUUUUCUUUGUUUACAGUUCGGCCUUUUGUAAGCAAGAAAAAGGUAAGGGAGCUGGGUAGUCUGCUGCACAGCCGUUUUUAGUGUUGUCACACAACGCUCCUCGGGAACGUUGUGUUGCGUGACGACACUUAAGGUCUGGGAAACUCAAACGCAUUAUAUUUCGUGAGGUACCUACAUCAUCGUAGCCGGUAACCAUUUGGUGCUAGGCAAUACACGUAUAGUUAGUUGCAUCAUUAGAGAGGUUAAGCAUCACGUUUACGUCAAACGGCAAACGCGAAUUUGUACCACGUGACCAAGUUUCCCCUUUACUUGUCGUUUACUGUUCAUUAUUUCUACACAUAAAUUAGUAGUUUCACCCAAUUUUUCAUCCAUAAAAAUUGUUUUGAGCUAUUUUUAUCUGCUCAUUUUCUGUUUUGAGAAAUUCUGAACUUGAAUCUGACGUUUGCCGUUUGCCGUAUACGUGAAGUUUAAACUCACUGUUUUGUCUUCUGACGUUACUGAGGAAAGUAGUAAAAUUACAAACUCCGCUGUUGAAUUACCUUAUAUCUGAUCGGCUGUUAAUCAAUUGCAACAGACUUUGGAAGGGUUUAUGAUUUUUGUUUGUUCGUUUUUUGUUUGUUAGUUUGCUUUUCUCAGCAGUGUUGAUAAAUGUUAAAAUGAAUAUUUUUUAAUCUGAUCUACUAUUCAGGGAUCAGACGAAGAACUAAUGGCGCAUUCUGAAGAUGAACACGAAGUUGAUGCUGUAGCUGUUAAAGGUAAGCAUUACUUCUAAAGAACAAGAGUAGACAGUAAACUCUCUUAAGCUCAAACCUUUUCAUUCCACUGCGGUCGUGUUACAUUGCUAUUAGUCAAUACAGACGAGUUUUCAAUCAAUCACUGUUGUCUAUUCUACCGUAUAUUCAUCGUUAAUCGCCACUUAUUUCAAUCCAGUGUCUUUCCAAAGCAGGAACGGUUGUUAUAAGAACGCUAUAAUGACGCUAUAACGACGCUACAUAUGCGACGGCCUACGUGAACUGUGAGAGAAAAGGAGAUGGCGAUAAACGCCAAAGCUCUCUCUUUAAGUCAGUUUCCCCCCUCGUCCCUCCCCCACCCCCUCCUUCUCUAAUCAAGUGCGCAUGCGCUGUCAACUGAAGUAGACGUACUACAACGGUAAGGCGAAGACAAAUUGAUAAUAGUUUCAAUGGUUUUAAUUGUAGUUUCAUUUCCUUUAGCUCGAGAACAACAAAUUAUCCAGCUAACUCAAAAGCUGAUUACAAGUAUUACCACUGGAGACUUCGAAACUUACUGGUAUUUAUAUCUGUCAUCAUAGGAAUAUUCGGAAUCGCCUGCCAUUCGAAUAGGAAGCUAAGGACAGUUACAGACUUUUAAUCUUAAUUAAACUUCAAUACAACCGCGUGUAGAUUUGCACCAAUAUACGAUGAAGCUUUGUCUUUGACCAAACCCGCGAAAGACCUCGGACCGUUUCAGAAUCAGAUUAGGGACUAUUCAACUGAGAAAAAGUUUUAUUUAAAUUUAUUGUGAAACCCCUUUGUUUGUUCAUUUAUAUUAUGUAGUACAAAGACAAGCGGUUCCUUCUUCAAGUGUUGUUAGAACCACUAUCUUUCCCCCGAGAAAACUGUUUUGAAUUUUAAGGCCUUCUAUGUGAUCAAGCGAGGUAUUUAACUUCUAUCGGCGCAAACCUUGGUUAUUUUUACUACUUUCAGUAAACUAGUGGACUCACAUUUAACAGCGUUUGAGCCAGAAGCUCGAGGUAAUUUAGUUGAAGGUCUGGAGUUUCACAAGUUCUACUUUGACAACGGUAAGCAAGCACUCUAAAUAUUGCGCAGUAAAGCUUUCUUCUCUUGCUCCAUUUGUCAUUAAAAAGGAUAGGUGCUUUAGUAAAACCAACAAGACAUCUAAAUGGUGGCUGAAUGGUCAUAUCAUCAAACUUCUAUGAGACGGAUUAUUUAAGUUAUGGUAUAUGUAAGUGCGUAUCUUGAUCGAGAAAGAAGGAAAAGCAGUUUAAGUCAAGUCGAAUUAAUGAGUAGUUCAUUCAGAGACGACAGAGGGUCGCUUGAUAUUAUAUGGCAAAUGUUUUUUGAGAGUUCUUUCAAGCUCCUGGGUGUAACGUUUUCCAAUUAAAUUUGAUUGAUUUGUUUGAUAUACGGAGAAAAGAAAAACUUAUCAUUGACAUCAUGAAUUGCAAAAAUAAUAGCAAUUCUUUAAAUUGUAUAACUGCUUAGUAAGUUGUUAGCAGGGUUUGAUGGUACGAAAGCGCCGAAAUACAAUUACUGUUUGAAAGUAGACAGGUUACUCAUCUUCAAACAAGAUCGUAAGGAGGUGUGGUAGUUUCCUUGUCCGCUUCCCUUUGUGAAUGUAGAAUCGUGAAUUAAAGUUGAGAAUAAUUAGAGCCUACAGUACGAUCAUUCCUCACGUUUGUCAGGUCUUAGUUUUCAGCAACCGGUCCUAACAACAGUGCGGCAAAUUUCGUACUCGCGAACGUGGAAACUGUUAUUUUCCUGGUGUGUCAGUUGAAAUUGUUGACUCUUAAGUCCCGUCCACACGGAGUCCAGAUAUUUUUACACGAACCGACCUUCCAGUGAAUCCGCUCGACGAAACUGCACCUUUUUGAAACCGCUCUUCAGAGAACUGAACUGUCCGGGUAAACAAAAAAAUAUUCGGUGUGGACUGGACCUGAUAAAUUGCACUUUACUAAUUAUUUUUUGUUGGUUUUGUUUUGUUUUGGUUUUUCUUUUUAUAUAUAUAUAUAUAUAGUUCACAGCAAAAGAGUGACCCCAAUAAACACGACAAUUUUGUCGCCGCACGUUCACAUGCUAGGAGACGAUGCUGCCUGCAUCUGCUAUGUCCGGCUUCAACAGUUUCUCAACAGGUAACGUAAAUUUGCAAAUAACCGGGGUUAGCCCAUUUAAAAUGCUUGCCUUGUGUUAUCUUAUGAGAGUUUUAUUUGUAAAGCAGUAUACUAGUAGUUUCUUUGGGCUGCGUCCACACCAAUCCAGAUGCUUUUGAAACGGCAUUUUUUUUCUUUGGAAUCUGCUCACCGAAACCCAUCCAAAGGGGUUUAGGACCCCGGUUCGGUUUGUUGUUGUUGUUUUUUUUGGUUGUUUUGUUUUGUUUUUUCUUUUGUCUCCCUCUUUUUAGUAGGAAUUUUACUUGCUUUCCUUAUUGUCUAUUCUACAGUUCCGGUGUACCAUUAACACGCCAAUCCGAAGAAACACGCGUGUGGCAUAAGAAAGGAGGACACUGGGUAAACGUUCAUUUUCAUCGAUCCAACAUGACAAACAGCCCAGACAGCUAG